GCUCUCCGACGCCGCACCGAUCAUUCCGGCAGCUCGUGCCCACUGCGCCACCUGCUGCUUCCACCGCGAGAGCUAGAGGCCGGGUUAGCGGAAGGGGUUUUGGAGCGAGAGCGAGUGAUGGCGGAUCAGGGGGUGGAGAUGGCGGUGCUUCCCGUGGAGAAGACUGGAGAGGUGUCGGAGGAGGCGGUGGAGAAGGUGGCGGAGGAGGUGGAGAAGGUGGAGCCGGAGGUGGAGAUGGUGGUGUUUCCCGUGGGGAAGGUGCCGGCGCCGGCGCCGGAGGCGGAGGGGACCGGCAGGAUGAUCACCCUCAAGAGCUCGGACGGCGCCCUGAUCGAGGUGGCGGAGGCGUCGGCGAGGCUGUCCAAGAUCAUCGGGAAAAGGAUCGACGACGGCCGCACCGACCCGUACAUCUUACUACCCGCAGUCGACACCGCGACCCUCGAGAAGAUGAUCGCGUACUGCAACCAGCACGCCGACAAGAAGUCCGACACCGUCGAGGAGAAAGAGUACCUCAAGAACUGGGACAAGACCUUCAUCGACGAGCUGGCCGGCGACACGGGCUUCCUCGUCAAGGUCAUCGUGGCCUCCACCGACUUCAAGAUCGAUGGACUCCUCGACCUCGCCUCCCAGAGGGUCACCGAGGCGGUCAAGGAAAAGAGCCUCGAGGAGAUCCUCAAGGCCUUCAACGUCAGCGAGUAGGGUCACCGAGGCGAUCAAGGAAAAGAGCUUCGUGCGUGGAGUACACACCUGAACAGUAAGCCGUAGUGUCGUCGUCGUAAUGGUUGUUGUCUCGUAGUUGUGUGUUGUGUCUCUGGUAGAUUCAGAUCUCGUCGGCUUAGGCUUAGCUUGAGUUCUUGCAUCCUGUCCACGAAGAACAGAGUCGGCUGUGUCGUCGUUGAAUGCUUUUUUGAACUGCUGGAUCGAUUGCAUGAAGUGAAUCUUUUGCCUCCAAUAUAAUUUGGUUGUUGUGUCUUCUUGGUUUUCAUGCAGUUCGUCUCCUUAUGAAAUGUUUUCUCCAAGACUACAACGUUUACUCCUUGGGAUGUGGUUCGCUGGUUGGAUUCCAAUCCAAGAUAUUCUGUUGUGUUUUGGGUGCAAGUUUUGGGGUUGAGUUUUGCCCGGAUUCAGGUGCGAAUGCUGUAUUACGUUUCGGAUUGAUCCGGUGAUCCCUACUGAUCCCUGUGUAUUUUCAUCGAGUGGUUCGCUUCGUGCUGUUUAGAUUCCGGCGUGGACUGAAGAAUGAAGGGAAAACGUGGUUGCGA